AGCAAAAAAAAAGGAUGUCAAAACCUUUCAAGUGUCAGUUUUGUCAGCUUCCCUCUUCAGAAGUCUUACGUAAAAAAAAAAAAAAAACCUCAGACAAAUACUUCCGGUUUUCAACGUGAAGGCGUGGCUUCGCUUAUGACGUAACAGGAAGAAGCCUCGCUUUUGUGUGGUGUCAGUGUAGAAUCAGAGGAAUAACAAUGCCGGUGAAGAGUCUGCCAGUCCGGGAUGGGUCCGUUCAUUUCAGUCUGCUUCAGCAGUAUUUGGUCCUUCUGAAAAAAUACCCGAUACUCACCAAAUCUGUUACCAGUGGCAUCCUCUCAGCUUUAGGAAACCUGCUCUCACAGUAUUUGGAGGCAAGAAAAAAGUCCAAAAGUGGAGCUCAGGUCAACGACAUCGAUGUGGCUGGAGCUACUCGAUAUGCCAUUUAUGGGUUAAUAAUCACAGGACCAGUGAGCCAUUACUUUUACCAGUUGAUGGAGGUGUGGAUGCCCACCACAGAUCCAUUAUGUGUGAUCAAACGUCUGCUACUGGAUCGGCUUUUUUUUGCCCCAGGAUUUCUGCUCCUUUUCUACUCAGUUAUGAACAUCCUGGAGGCUAAAGGUUGGGAAGACUUUGAAAAUAAGUUAAGAAAAAGUUACUGGACAGCUUUGAAGAUGAACUGGAAGGUCUGGACCCCCUUCCAGUUUAUUAACAUCAACUUUGUGCCUGUUCAGUUUCGAGUGCUGUUUGCCAACGUGAUCGCCCUGUUUUGGUACGCCUACCUCACAUCUGUGAGGAAAUGAUGCCUCGUAAAGUUUCUUCAAAGAUUGCUCUGACCGAGGACUGAGAAAACUGAACUUCCUAAUUUUAGACGUGCUGUUGCUCUUCAGAUUAACGUCUUGCAUCAGGUUUAAGCCACUUUAACAUGCUGCUCUAAAACUCUGGAUAUGUUACUGUAGCCUUCAUGUAAAUUCACAGUAACAGAAUAAAAGUCUUUUUUUUUUUACAGUGCACUCACUGUCAGAUGCUUGUUAAACUAAAACAGAAAUAAACACCCAUUCCUGAAGGAGAGCAUAUCACCCACAACUUUUUAUACCAACUAAGAUCAACUUAU